GCUUUUGCCGCAGCACGCAAUGCUGAAUCGUUAUUUGCUGUAUAUCUUUUUUCUCCUGAUGCACAGUAUGUUGAUUACAUGGUCCGACAAGUGUUGGAGGACCAAACUUUCAACGAGACUAUCAUCAAUUACAAUAUUGUGCUGUGGGGUGUUGAUCCCCGCUCUUCUGCCGGGAAGGACGUUGCACGUCGGAUGAGAGUCUCAACAUUCCCUUGCUUCUUUGCGGUAUCCACACGAGAUCACUCAGUGGUCAUGCGCGUUGAAAUGCCUGUUGAAGCACGACAAAUCUACUCAUUGCUGCGCCAGUGUGCUUUGGACGAGUUGGAGCAAAGGGAAGAAGAACGUUCUCGAAGAAGCGCUCUACGUGAGAUUCGAGAACUAAUGGAACAGCAGGAAAGGGAAUAUCGGGAAAGUGAGGAGCGCGAUCGUGCGUUAAUCGCGGAACGCCGUCGUCAACGGGAGCAGAAGGAGGAGGAACAGAGGAUGCAAGCGAAACAGGCGACAGAACGUGCUGCCAAAGAAGCUGAACGGAUGAAAGUGUGUUUUUAG